UGUUUCCCUUGAGUGCCCCUCGGUAGCCGGCACAGUCCGUAUUCGAGCCUUUGGUGGGGGUAAAUUCAUGCAUUUCAAGCAAUUACAUGUGGUGUAUUAGCAAGUGAGAUAGAGCCAUACUCGGAAUCUGAGAACGUCUAUCAGCACGUGCACGGUUUGAAGCGGUCGUCUCGUUUACUAGCUACACUACUCAUAGCGUACUGAUAGCUUUUGGGAGUCAUCUUUUUCAGGAAAAACACUGACACAAUGGCGGACAUUUCUCAGGAUGAGCUUGAUGACAUCUAUGCCUUCGCCGUCAAUCUCGGCAAGGAGGCGGGGUCGAUGCUGCUCGACGCUGCGAAGUUGAGGAUUGGGGAUAACAGGGCUACUCAAGAGCAGAAAGAACAUGUGCAAAAGGAGAAUGCCGUGGAUCUUGUGACAGAGACUGAUGAAGAACUUGAAGCCUUCAUCAGAAAGGCGAUCGCCGAAAAGUACCCCUUGCAUAAAUUUGUUGGCGAAGAGUCUUAUUCGAAAGGUGCAUCCCGCGACUAUCUCAUAGACGAUAGUCCAACAUGGUGUAUUGAUCCUCUUGAUGGCACCGUGAAUUACAUACACCUCUUUCCUAUGUUUUGCAUAUCGAUUGCGUUCAUACACAAGUCGAAACCGCUGGUCGGAGUGAUCAACGCACCUUUCCUCAAUCAGUUCUUCUCGUCCUGCUCUGGCCGAGGUGCCUGGCUCAACGAAUCACAACAGCUGCCACUAAUUCGAAACCCCAUACCCCCAAUGCCUGAAAAGGCACCCAGUGGUUGUGUGUUCUCAUGCGAAUGGGGAAAGGACCGAAGGGACAUCCCAGACGGCAAUAUGCAUCGAAAGAUCGAGAGCUUUGUCAAUAUGGCCGCCGAGCUCGGAGGCCGACAAGGCAGAGGAGGGAUGGUGCAUGGGGUAAGGAGUCUGGGUAGCGCUACAUUGGACCUUGCCUAUGUGGCAAUGGGAAGUUUCGACAUAUGGUGGGAAGGCGGUUGCUGGGAAUGGGACGUGGCAGCGGGUAUAGCGAUUCUUCAGGAGGCUGGUGGGUUGAUAACCACUGCGAAUCCGCCUCCAAAUGAAGCUACUGCCCCUAUUGAAGCGGUCAAACUCGGAAGCAGGCUUUACCUGGCUAUUCGCCCUGCCGGACCGUCAUCUACAGAGACUGCACGUGAAACUCAGGAGAGAACAGUGCGAGAAGUGUGGAGACGCGUGAGGAACCUGGAUUACUCGAGACCUGGUGCAUAGAAGCUAGAAGUAGAUGCAAUUUCUGGCCUUCGCGGCACAAUUCUAUACAAUGAAUAAUAAUGCUAC